AUGCCCAGCAACAUGCUCAUGAAGAUGAAGAUGAUGAUGAUGAUAGUAAGUCUGGUAUGGCCGUGGACCAUCCACCCGCGAGUGGAAGAUCAUCCCCACGGCGCAGCGCGAUUGUUCCUUAGAGCGCGCGCAGGAACCGGAGGGGAACCGGAGGGGAACCGAGCAGGUGGAAGGAGACAUGACUCCAGACAGAGAGAACGAGUUGGGAAGGGAAGGGUCUGUAAAAGGAGAAAAAGAUCAGGGUUGGAUUCCGAAGGUAAUAAAGAAGAGAGUGUGUACGUCGUUGUGGAGGAUCCUCUCAGUAAUGGAGAUCAGUGUCAGUGUGGAGGUGCUCAGAGUUCUCAUGGUUCUGCAGCUACAGGUGAUUAUUUCAGUGCUGCCAUCGUAACUCAAUGGGAUUCAUCCAAACACACGUCUGAGUAUCCGACUGACGCUUUUGGGGAACUCAAGUUUGCCGGCAUCGCCCGCAGACACAGUCAUUUCCUGCGCUUGUCGUGUGACACUCCGUCUCCUCUCGUCUAUGCCCUCCUGACUCAGCACUGGGCUCUGCCCUCUCCCAACCUAGUGGUGUCUGUGGUGGGGGGCAUCGGCAAGGAGAAGGUCAGGAGCUGGGUACGAGACGUGGUGAGACAAGGGCUGGUCCGAGCUGCACAGAGCACAGGUGCCUGGAUCGUGACGAGUGGGCUGAGGGAGGGUGUGGGCCGCUGUGUGGGUGAGGCAGUGAGGGAUCACGGAGCCGCAGCUGCGUCUCAAUCCAAAGUGGUAGCUCUGGGCGUGGCCCCCUGGGGACUGGUGGACAACCGCCAGCAACUCAUCAAUUCUGAGGGCAGCUUCCCAGCCAGGUAUUAUGUUCAGAACACGGUGCGGGACUCGUGCUACCUGGACAGUAAUUAUCAGGCUUUCCUCCUGGUGGACGAUGGGAGCAUCGGGCGGAGAGGUGGAGAGUCCAGCUUCAUGACCAGCCUGGAGAAAUUCAUCUCCCAUCAGCGCACCGGGAUCUGGGGUAGUGGGAGCAUUGAGAUCCCCGUGUUGUGUAUGCUGAUCUCGGGUGAUGCGUCUGCGCUGAAGAGGAUGGACGUGUCUCUGAGGGCAUCCACACCCUGGUUAGUGUUAAAUGGUUCAGGUCCUGCAGCCGACAUGAUCUCAGAGUUAUUGAGUGAGCUGAACCGAGCAGCGUCCCCUGUAGAAGGGGAGGGUGGAGACCGCCCCAACUCGGAAAUCCGAGAUCAAGUGAGAGAGAUCAUCAAGAAAUAUUUCCCCACUGAGAAAUUACUGGAGAAGAUGGUGGACCAGUCUCUGAGCAUCUACCAGAACAGAUCUCUGAUUACGGUGUUCCAUGGAGAACAGGACACGCCUGAUGAUUUCGACACGGUCAUCCUCAAAUCGCUAGUGGGAGCCAGUAAGCAGGUGAGCAGUAACUCCAGUGAGUACACAGAGGAGCUGAAGUUGGCUGUGGCCUGGAACAGAGUGGACAUUGCGAAGAGUGAGCUGUUCAACGGCGACAUCCAGUGGAAGUAUAGUGACCUGGAGGACUCCAUGACGGACGCGUUGGUGAACGAUAAGCCUCAGUUUGUUCGUCUCUUCACGGAGAACGGUCUGAACAUUCUGGAGUACCUGACCUAUGCGCGUUUGGAGAACCUGUACCAGUCUCUCUCCAACAGCACUCUGGUCUACUCUCUGCUGCAGGGAUUAUUGAGAGAGAGACACCACCUGGCCUCCUCUCAGACCUGCUCCCCCGACUCCACUGAUGGGAACUUCAAGUCCCUGAAGACUCCUGUGACGGGGCUUUCGGGCGGCCGUGGGCUCUGCCUGUUCGAGGUCUCGCGGUUAUUAGGGGAGAUUUUCGGGGGUAUGUGCCAGCCGUUUUAUUACAUGCCCCUCGGCCUGGAGGCAGGAGUGAGCUCGAGGAGAGCGGCGAAGUAUGUGAAUACGCUCCUGCAGGGUGAUUGUGGUUAUCGUCAUCAGCAGGUUGCCUUCCCCUGGUCUUCUCUCCUCAUCUGGGCCGUCUUGCAGAACCGUAGUGAGAUGGCCAUUUUAUUCUGGGAGAUGGCGGGUGAGUCUGUAAUGAGCGCGCUCAGUGCGUGUAAGAUCCUCAGAGAGAUGUCCAAGCUGGAAAAUGAGACUGAGAACCAGCUCUCUAUGAAGGACCUGGCUCAGAAGUUUGAGAACCUGGCUAAUGACAUGUUUAGCGCCUGUUACCAGAGUAACGACUCUCGCUCCCUCACGCUGCUCAUACGGAUGUCUCCGUUUUGGGGCGGAGCUACCUGUCUACAGAUGGCCACGGCGUCAGAAGCCAGACUUUUCUUCAGCCACGACGGUGUGCAGUCUCUGCUGGCUCAGAUCUGGUGGGGAGACAUGCACAGCCGCACUGAAGUGUGGAAACUCAUCGCUGCCUUCUUUUUUCCUCCGCUCAUCUACACCAACUUCAUCACCUUCAGAGACCACCAGGAUAGACAUGGAGAUGGUCUGGAGGGCUCUCACACUGUAGCGUUCUCUAUGGCUGAUAUCACACAGCACAUGGAUGAUGAUAAUAAACUGGAUGAUAAUGGUCAUGGUGGAGACAGGGACAACGAUGGAGACAGAGGUCACGUCUGCUCUCUCAAUGACAUCACACUCCCAGACGAGGACUUGGAGGAACACACUGUUUUAACCAAAGACUUUAAACGUAAACCAGUUUCACCCCCUCAGCAUCCAUACAUCAUACACCGAUGGCGGCAGUUCUGGUUCGCUCCCAUCACCUCGUUUCUAGGCAACGUCCUAAUGUACUUCCUGUUCCUCAUGCUGUUUGCUUACAUCCUAUUGGUCGAAUUUAAACCUCCGCCUCCAGAUGGCCCCGCCCCCAUCGAGUAUCUGUUGUACUUUUGGGUGUUUACUCUGGUCUGUGAGGAGAUUCGACAGUCGUUCGUCAUGGGUGGGGGAACUUUCUCUCAGAGUGUGGCGUUAUACAUCCAGGACAUGUGGAACAAGUGUGAUCUCACAGCCAUCUGCCUCUUUAUCCUCGGCCUCACUUGCAGGAUGUUCCCCUGGUCGUAUGAAUUCGGUCGCUCAGUGCUGUGUGUGGACUACAUGGUCUUCACUCUUCGGCUCAUUCACAUCUUUGCCGUUAACAAACACCUCGGACCCAAAAUCAUCAUCGUCGGCAAAAUGGUGAAGGAUGUUUUCUUCUUCCUGUUCUUCCUGGGAGUCUGGCUUUUGGCUUACGGCGUGGCCAAUCAGGCGCUGAUAUACGCCUACGACCCGCGGCCGUACUGGGUGAUCCGCAGAGUGUUCUACAGACCGUACCUGCACAUCUACGGCCAGAUACCUCUCGAUGAAAUAGACGCUCAUAAGCGUAUAGGGAAGACCUGCACCCACAAUGUGACCGAGAUACAGCAUGGAGCUGAACCCUGUCCUCAGUCUGAAGCUAACUGGCUCGUCCUCAUCCUGCUGUCCAUCUACCUGCUGGUCACCAACAUCCUGCUGCUUAACCUCCUCAUCGCCAUGUUCAGCUACACGUUCAGUAAGGUACAGGAGCACAGUGACAUUCACUGGAAGUUCCAGCGUUAUAAUCUGAUAGUAGAGUACCACUCCCGGCCCUGCCUGGCUCCGCCCUUCAUCAUUCUCUCUCACUUCCGCCUCUUCAUCAAGAGAACCAUCCGCAAAGUUCCUUCUGGGAAAAUCAAACACUUCAUGUUGGAUCUGCGGGGCAGGAAGGCGAGCAGGUUGGACACAUGGGAAGUCGUACAGAAGGAGAAUUUACUGUUGACUCAGAGUAAGAAGUUCAGGGACAGUGACAGCGAGAGACUCAAACGCACAUCUUCCAAGGUGGACAACAUGCUGAAGCAGAUAGCAGAGAUUCGAGAUCAGGACCGGAGAUUGAGAACGCUGGAGUCUGAGCUGGAGUACUGCUCUAGCUCCCUCUCGUGGAUAAUAGAGGAACUGGUGCAGAGCGACCUGAUCAAGCAUAACCGUCGGCCCCCUGUCCACCGAGACUCGAGUCCACCGACUCCUCACUCCUGAGAGAACCAUCAACCAGAUGAGUCUCCAAACCAAAUGAGCUUCUGGAAUUCCAUUUAUGCAAAAGUGUCAGUUGGAGCUGCUGCUGCUGCUCAUGAUGAUGAUGAUGAUGAUGAUGAUGAUGAUGAAGAAUUCUCCCUUUCUGUAUAAAAAACAGAACCCUGGUAGUUGUGUUUGUGGGAGAGAAACAUGUUUCACACUCUCUUGCAUUUCAGUGUUUUAACACUCAGCGUUCCUGAUCAUUUUAGAACAGUUCUGUACAAACCACCAGAUUUCCUCUUUUCUAUUUCAGCUCUUUUUUUUUAAACGAAUGGUUUGUAUGUGAUGUUUUUGUAGAUUAUAGUAGAGUCAGUAAUUGACAGAGUUUUGGGUGAAAUGUAAAGUUUUAUAAUCUGUUUUUAAUCUGAAUGUGAUUUUAAGGGUCUUUUUAAAAUUAUUGUUUUUUUAUUUCUGUUGUUUUUACUAUUAGUUUUUAUUUUCAUAAAUAAAUUUUUAUUUUUAUUUGAUUGUUAGGCUACGUGUGUGUGCGUGUGUGUGUGUACGUGUGUGUGCAUGCGUGUGUGCGUGUGUGUGUAUGCGCAUGUGUGUGUAUUCUGUAAUCCGGUUCUUGGCCUUUCCCGGUGCUGUGGCUCGUGACCCCUCCCUGUGGUCUGAAGGGCGAUCAUUUGAUUCCAAGUCGUGGUCUCACAGGAGCCUUACAUGGGAAGACUGAGGGCCAAACCAGAUCAGGUUCUCAUCUUCACUGACUGUGGAUCAGAGAAACUGCUGCUGCUGCCUUCCAGACCACUGCUAACUUUAAUGCUAAAGAGCAACACAGGAAUUUUGGUCCAUUGCAACUCAAUGCAAAGGAUUCAUUUGUUUUGUUUAAUUCUAUUCAUUGCACACGUGUGUUAAUUCUCAUUGAAAUUGGAGAUGUUUUCCAGGACCUUCUGUACUCCUUUUUUCCCAAAAUAUCUCCAUUAAAUAUUUGUUCUGUUCAAUCAAAAAAAAUUCCAAGUUGUUUAGAUGAUUGCACCAGUUUGUUUCCACAAAUUCUUAUUAUAAAUUGUUAUUUUGUUCAUCAUGGCUGAAAUAAAAGUUCCUCUAAUCACAA